GUGCAUGGUAUUAGUCUGUGUUGGAACAAAUACUUAAUAAAAAAUAUGCAGAUGUGGCUUUGAUUAAGUCAUUGCACUCCAGAAUAAAAGAACACAUCUGCUCUUUUAACUUCAUGUAAAUAACGCAGCACUACAAGCUGUACAUUAGACAGUCUUAUAAGCUUGCCUUUGUUCUGUUUUUCUCUCAACCUUUUCAUAAAAAUGAUUCACUUCUGGCUUAGUAUUACUGCUGCAAUGGUUGCAUUACUCUUUUGGAAAUGGAGUAGACCUGGAAACUUUCCUCCUGGACCCUGGGCUUUGCCUAUCAUCGGGAACUUCUUGCAAGUGGAUUACAGGAACCCUCUGCCAGACCUUGAAAAGUUAGCAAAAAAAUAUGGGAACAUCUACAGUAUAUUCCUGGGAAAUAAAUUAAUAGUUGUGCUGAAUGGCUUUCAGUGUGUGAAAGAAGCUUUGGUUACCCAUGCAAAUGAAUUUUCAGACAGACCAGAAGACCCUGUGUUCCUAAAAAUGAAUAAUAACAAAGGUAUUAUCAUACGUCCGUAUGGCCAGCACUGGAAGGAACAGAGACGAUUUGCCCUCACGUUACUAAGAAAUUUUGGACUUGGCAAAAAGUCAAUGGAAAACAGGAUCUUAGAGGAAGUAAAUUAUUUAGUUAAAUAUUUUGAAGACCAGAAUGGUUGUCAUUUUGAUCCGGCGCCAGUAAUUACCAGUGCUGUGUCAAAUAUAAUAUGUUCUACUUUAUUUGCUCAACGAUUCGACUACCAUGACAAUACGUUUAACAAGAAACUUGAACUCAUUAGUGAAAAUGGAGAACUCCUUGGUGGAUUUUGGGCAGAGCUUUAUAACACAGUACCCAUUUUAAGAGGGCUUCCACUUCCUUUUCAAAAGAUUUUUAGAAACAAUCGUGAUAUCCGUGCUUUUAUGAAGGACAUUAUUGAUGAUCACAGAAAAAGUUUAACACCUGGAGAGCACAGAGACUUUGUGGACUGCUAUUUAGAAGAAAUUGAUAAAAGAAAAAACGAUGGUUCCUCGUUUGAUGAAGAAAAUCUUCUUACAGUGAUGACUGAGCUGUUGGGGGCUGGUACUGACACCACAGCAACCACUUUCAGAUGGGCAUUACUGCUAAUGAUGGCCUAUCCUAUUGUUCAAGAAAAAUGCUACAAGGAAAUUAAAUCCAUUGUUAAUGGAAAGAAAUUUGUGAGUUAUGAAGACAGGCUAAUGAUGCCUUAUACUCAUGCUGCUGUUCAUGAAAUCCUGCGUUUUGCAAACAUAACACCACUUAGUGUUCCACAUGCUACAGCAAAAGAGGUAUCAUUUGGGGGAUAUACCAUUCCUCAGAAUACCAGGGUGAUGGUAAACUUGAACUCUGUUCAUCGUGAGGAGACUCAGUGGAAGUUUCCCCAUGAAUUCAACCCUGCCAACUUCCUCAAUGACAGCGGAGAGUUUGUGAAACAAGAUGCAUUUGUGCCAUUUUCAAUAGGUCCAAGGAUUUGUUUAGGGGAGAACUUAGCUCGGAUGGAGAUUUUCCUCUUCUUUACAUCUUUACUGAAAAAGUAUGAAUUCUUCUGGCCUGAAAAAUCCACAGCACCUAACCUGACACCCAUAUUUUCAAUAGCAAUGUCACCAUAUCCCUUCAGUGUGGGGCUGAAAAGCAGAAUAAACUGUUAAUAGAGAAGAAAAAUGCAUAAAUCAUGUAAUUUCAAACAAACUUAGAUUUUUUUGUUAUUCUGUGAUUUAAGUAUUAAUCUAUCAUAGUAUAAUUAAUUAUAGAUUAUGCUUUGCUUUCUAGUAAAAAUCAUACUAGCUAAAUUAUGACUACUGUUUCUAUUAAAUAAAAUGUGUGUUUUAUUUGA